UUUUUUUUUUUCUUUCUUCCUCCUUCUUGGAAGAAGGCUCACCUUUGAAGGUUUUUGUUUGUUUUCUUCCAGAUGAAAUGAAAGGUCUCUGGGGAUACGAGUGCCUGGGUUGCCUGUGUGUGUGUGUGUGUGAAGUAGAUGCAGGCUUUUGAAGCCGCUUGCUCAGUGGUAACUUCCAAAGCCAGGUGCAAAACAAUGUUUCCCUUUUGCCACCAAGGCUGUGCACCCUGUUUGAUGCGUGGCUUUGAAAUAUGUGCGGUCAGACACCUGUUACUUAAUGCUGUUUAUCCUUUCCAGCUACAGUUAGCCAGCCUUGCUCUUCUUUAUUGAAUGUCUGAAAAUAAAUGGCAGGUAUUCUUUCAUGCUAGCAUGUAGUAGAAGCCUGGGAAUCUAAUCUGUUUGUGAAGUGUGUGAUGCGUCUUUGUUAGGUAAUGCUUUCUCGAAGAGGAAUGAUUUUGGAAAGUUAUCAAAUAAUCUUUAUCUCUGAGAGAAUUUAUAUAACAUUAAAGUGCCCAUGGGGAUGCAUCCAUAAGAAAGACUGGCAGUCAGGGCUACCCGGAAUCCAAGUUUUGCACAGCAUAAAUCUAUAUUCAACUGUAAAACACUCUCAUAAUGCUUAAAUAAUGUUUGGGCUUUCAAAAUUCACAUGAUGUUGCACUGUGGAAUUCUCAAAUUAAUACACGGAGUUGACGUGGAGCGCGGAGAAAACGUCGCAUUUCUGAUUCUGCGAAAGGAUGGAGCAGAUUCUUUCAUAACAUGCUUGUGUUGGUGGUUGUAUUCUGUCGUUUACUUGAGGAGUUGUAGCAAGCUGACAGUAUUUUCUCUAACUUCUGAAAGUGUAACGUCGACAGUAUUUACAGGCUUUUUCCAGAUGAAGGGUAUCUAAUAUUGGUGUGUUCCACAAAAUAAUUAUUGUUAUGUAGAGCUGAGUGAUUUUGUAUUACACAGAGAUGGUUCCUUAAUGUGAGUUGGGAAGAGACUUAUUCCUCUCCGCAACUGGUAACUUCGUAAAGUAAUUAAAAUAAAUUACAGUUUUCAGGGAUGAGAAUUCCUUUCCCACCUAUUAAUACCACUCUAGCUUCAAAUGUCAAUUUUGAUUCAUCUCUUGAUGAUAGCACUAAAACCAGGUAUUAAUGUGAAAGUUAAACCUCUGGUGAGAAUAUAACUGCAUGUAGCUGUCAAAAUAAAAUUUUAGGAUCUGAUUUGAUUGCUGGAUGUGGAUACAUACAUGGUUGAGUAACAAUGCCUAUUAUUUUAUAGACAUGCACCCACGCAGAGGAGCUUUGUUCUAAAACAGUUUUUUCUGUCAUGAAUUUAUGCGUAAUGUACACUCUGCUUUUUCUUACUGUGCAGGGAAUAAAGAACCUUGAGAGGGAAGAGGUAAAGACCAAAAGGGGGGAAGAGAGAUUUCAUAUGAAUUUCCCUUACUGACAGAGGAAAUACCUUCUUAUUAUGUGCCACCCAAAAUCACUGGUUGUGUUCGGCUUUCCUAUUUUUCUAAAAUAAUGGUGAGUUGUUUUGGCUUGGUAUAUGCUGCUGACUUCUGUUGCAGACUUGGCCAUUUGUUCCAGUAAUAUCUGACUGUGAUGAUGAACUUGGGGCUAUGUUAGUCUGUCAAAUAUUUAUUACAGCUUUGUAGUAAUUGAUGACUUUAUUUUUGCAACAUUUCCGUACGCUAUGUUGAAAACUUCUAGGAUUAUAAUUCCCAUACUUUGUGAGUUUACUUAUUUUGUCUUUCUUGUUCAUUUUUUAACUUGUCACUUUUAGUGGUCUACUUGUAUUGUUUUGUGGUUUACUUUCCCUCAGUGGUUUUAACAGCUCAAUUGCUGUUCCUUCCUGUUCGUAACUUGCAGAAGAAUGAAGUCUGAGACUGCUGUUUUCAUAUUUUUCUUAAAAUUGAAUUAAUCCCUUUUCCAGUUGGAAGGGAGAAAAGGGACAGAGGAAUGCUUAUCGGAAUUUUAAAAAUGAGAACAAAAACUUAAUCCAGGCAUUUCACCUAAGAGUAACUAGUUAUGAAAAUUGAUACCUCAUUGAUUUUUUGGAGAAGACUGGUUUCCUCUGUAGUUUUAAUCAUCUCUCCCAUUAGACUCAGAAAAUUGUUGUAAAUUAGUUUAGAACUGAAAUUUUCCAAUUUGUAAAAUCUCUGGAUGGUUGUUGGUGGGAAUCAUUAUGAAAGGUUGCAUAAGCAUUAUUUGCAGGGUGGCUAAUGAGUAGCCUGGGCUUAGUUCCAUUCUCUAAUAAAUAGGUGCAUUGUGCCGCUUCAAGUAUUGCAAACUUGAUAGCUUGAGUUCAUUUACUGAUUUUGCAAGAUGUGUUAUAUGUACAGUUUUGGGAAGACUUUAAUGUCAUCAGAGGUUGUACGUGACGGAGAUAUUUAUGACAGGCUAUUAACCCUUCAAAUGUUUUUUGUUGGUGUUUUUUUGUUGUUGUUUGAUUAUUUUUAUUAUUAUACUGUUUAGGACAUCUUAUUUUUAUGAAAGACUCGUGUAGUACUUAUCACAACAAAAUGACUUAAGUGCAUGCAUCAAAGGCUCAUAUGAAUUUUAUUCAGUGGGACUUUCUGGGAGCAGGCUUUGUGGUACUCUUGCUGCUGCACUAAAAGUAUGUGUAGGCUUGACUUUGAUGUGUGGUAUUGGACUUGUAUUUCCAAAGAUCUGACCUCUAGUGGGUUUGAAUAUAUGCCAUGCCGAUAUAAAUACCAAAAAUACUGUGCUUUGAUGUUAAGGGGCCUGCUUUGCUUAAGCUCUCACUCUGAACAUUAAGCUGUAAAAAUCUAUCUCACUGUUCCUUACCCAUCUCUUUAAGGUAGAGGUUUCUGGAAAUUUUCUAAAUAUGGAUAAAGAGGUUUAUGAAACUGUGGAAGACAACAGUUCCAGAAUGGCUCAGAGUCUAACUAACAAUGCCAGCAGUAACUUCCAGGUUCCAGAAGGAUGUACUGAUACAUCUGAGUGCUUAGAACAGAGCUACAACUUGAGUAGGAGUAUCAGGAUGGCCCUUUCACAGCUGUUCUUGUAGUGUUAAUGCCAGGACUCUGUACUUUCAGGGCAGUAUGAUUCCGGGCGGUUAUGUGAGGCACAGAAAUAGAUGGAGCAGCACUAUUAUGGCUUCAGAGAUUCCUCUCCAGCAGCCUUCUGGAUGUUGGGCUGAUCUUAUACCUGUGAGGAUGUUGCUGCUGGGAUCUUGGAGGAAAACCAAUAGUUAUGUUCCCUCCUUUUGAAGACCUAUAUCAGCCUUAUGUAAGGUGGUGAGGUUCUGUGGUUUCUUUUGUCAGUUUGUCUAUACAAGGCAUUCUCUGGUGAGGCUGUUACUGCUGUUAAUAGGAUGGUGCAAUAUCUAGGUAUCAUCCACUCAAUGAAGAACUCAUUAAAUCUGCACCCAGGCAACAGCAAAAGGCUAUCAAUUUCUGGAGAAGGAAGGGAUGAAACAGAACUCUCUUCUCUUCUACUGAAGAGCCCAGCCAUCAGGCAGACUGUUACAAAGUCAUACUGGCCUGUUUGGCAUGUUACUAGGCUUUGAUGAACGGUAUUUGUCAGUGGUUGUAAAGCUUUGUUUUACCUUUGGAGUUCUAAGAAGCACCAGUCUGUCUUUUCUGUGCAAGGAAACCUGUUCCAGGGAUCAGUGCAGUUGUCGCUCAUGAAAAGGGAAAACUGCGAGGUCUCCAGCUAGGUAAAGCCACUUGCCUCUUUCGCAGCUUAGGUUUCUGUGGCCACUUGGGCCCUUACUUUGACCUCUCUGCGGCUUCCUGCUCUCUUCCAUUGCCAGCUACUUGUAUUGAUCCUAUCCCGCCAAUGGCUAAGAGCUGGUUGUGGGACAGUGGAGAUCACACAGCCCAUAGCUACAGGGAUGGAGAGGUUUCACUUGUCCUCCUGUGUUGUGACCAACUCAUUGAAUGAGGAGGUGAAUCCAUAAUCUGACUUUCUGCAAUAGCUGAGUGCUCUCUGAUAGCAGUUCUGCUCCAUAACCAGAAAGUUUGAUGUUACAUCUCUCCUCUUGCUUCUACUUGUUAAGAAACAUGGUUUAAGUAGGUAAAUGACAGCUGUCAUAUAUCUAAAGUUUUGGCCUUAUUUUUCGUUUCACAUGGAAGCUAUUAUUUUACCACAAUGAUGAUGAAACUGUAUGCUUGGACAAUUAAGGGCUUGUUCUUUUCUCAAAUCAAGAGCUUGUUUCUUUAACCAGUAACAAUAACUUGGAGUUCUAGGCAACUGAGUUCACAGCUCCUAGGUUUGAAAAAAGUUGUUUCUAUUCAGUUGACUUUGGGGCUCUCAAAUUCUGACUUUCUUUGUGAGAUAACUUUGGAUGACCACAAGAAGAUCUAUUAAGGUGCAGGUUCAAGGUUAGGUUCAAGAGUAACUGGUCAGGUUGAAUGCACUGUUCCUUUUAAGAUGUUAUAUUGAUAGAUUACAACAUUUCAAAUAAAUGAAUGAUCUAGGCCUUUGCUUGCAUUUUUUUUAUGCAAUACGAUAUGAAAAUAUGAAGAGAAAAAUGUACAGAUGUAAUCCACCUAUCAGAGUUGUAUAAAAACAUAUUAUAUCUGGUCUAUCAUUAUGCCAUCUGAGGAAGUUGGAUAUCCAACUAUAUCCACAUUUGUGUGCAUUUUAGUGAGGAGGAAACUGUUAUGAAAAAGGUAUUGAAGAGCACAUUAUUCUUGAACUUGUAGAUGGAUUUCUUUUUCUAACAACAUCUAUAUUGAACUUAGGCACACAUGUUCCUGCAGACUGGAAGUGAGUGACUAACAAAGGGAGCAAAUAGAGUAAGGACUUAAAAGGUUAGUAAGAAACAUCUCUUGGAUUCCAGCGAUCUAGUUUCCGUGAUCCUGUGAACAAUGUGAUGUUGUGGAAAAUAAUAAGGAAGGCCUGUGAAAUGUAAGCUGUGGUUUUGAACAAGAUAGGUUGGAUGAAAGAGCUUCUCAUGUCAAAGUGGUAAUUUUCCUCCUUGAUCUUCUAGGCCUUCAUUCCAAAACUGUAAGAGAUUUUCUGUUCUCCUUUUUUUUUUUUUUUUUUUUUUCCUUCUCGUCUAUCACUCUUCUUUCCUGUGCUUGAAAUUGCUGUCUCUCUCACAUUUGUUUUUUGGUUUUCCUACCUGAGAUGUUGGUGACGUUCAUUAUUCUUGCUCUAUGAUCUUUUGCACAUUUUUUUUUUUCUAGUUUCCUCUUAGUUGAGGCUAUGUUCUGGAUCCAAGAUGCUUGUCCUUAUCGCAGCCUUUAGACAUCUAUAUUGUUGCUGCAGCUGCUAAAGGGAAACAUAGGAAGGAAACAGAAUUAACAGCUACAGUAAGAGCCUACUUGUUUUGAAAUACUCAAAUUAGGAUGAAAGUUUUUUUUUUUUUUUAAAGCAAUUUCCAUUAUUAAUACCUUCAUGCAAGUUGCUCUUUUCCUUAUACAGACGUGAUAAGGGCACAUUACUCUAAUUCAUCCAGAGUUCUUCUCAGAAAAGUGAGUGGAAAUAGAAGAUAAAUGACAUAUUGGGAUGUAUGAAGUGAAGUCAUGGAAUGGUUGCUCUGGCUAGGCUGACAUGAUUUAUUGAACCAAACAGAAUUGGUAUAAUCACUUCUGUGAAGGACUGUGAUCAGAGAAGGAACAGUGGUUUUGAAGAAGAAGGGGGAGGGGCUGAGAAACUCCAGGUAGGUUUGUUUGCAGAAAUUACAAUAGAGCAUAUUUUUGUGAAAGGAGAGGUUGUGUGGCAAGGUCUGCUGAUCAAAUGGACUAUGUAUUGUUCCUAAACUUUGACUGUAAGGCAGACAGGGGCUGUUGCAUGAUUUAAAUUAUUUUUUUUCCUCCAGAUAUAGCUCUUGAGGGUUGGUGCAGAUUAAUUGGUCUCUCUGCUGGAUGCAGAGAACUGUACUGCACGCCUGACAUCAGCAAAGAAUAGACUGAGUAAUGAUUUCUUUCUGGUCUUACAGUCUGUUAUUUGUGUACCACUUCUCUACAAAAAAUGCCUCAGAAUAAUUGUCAUAUGCUAAACAACAAGGGAAGAUGGAAUGUGAUUGCAGGUGUAUCAGAGCAGCUUGCAAAUGAGGUGCUGCAGUCUGGCAUAAGAGCUGUUAGUUGCAGCUAAUGUGAGUAUUUUGACAUCGCGGCUCAGCUUGUAAUUUUCACAUUGGAAAUCUCCUGCAUCCGUGUAUGCUGCAGGUGCAGGGGAGCUCUCGGAAAUUCCCUCAGCCUGUCUGCUAGCCCUCACAUGAUGCAGCUAUCUGCUUUGAUUGGUGAAUUCCCAUGCUGAAGCAGAAGGUGGGGGUAUGGAGGAGACGGCAGAGCUGCAACCUGGGAGAAUAACGGAGGGCUCAAACAGGGCAGCCUGAGUGGGGAGGGGAUUCAGCUGCUGCUCGUUAUCCUGGGGAGAUGGUGGUGCCAUAUUCUGCCCCCCACAGCAGCUGUAGCUGCUUCUGCUUGCUGUGAAAUGAGGAGAGGUAGCCCUUGUGUCACGUUUCCCCUGUGGAGGAUCUGUUGGUCUUGUAAUCUCUUUCUGCCUCGGUUGAACCGGUACAGCAAUUGCUUCCAAACCCUUCACAUCUGGCAAUAUCUAGCAGUCCGGCUGUUCUUUUUGCUGAUGUGCAGUUUUUCAGCUAUGAAACACUUACAGGCGUUUGUUGACCUGUGACUAUAGCAGGUGGCACGGAACAGAACUAACUUCUUAGAAAGCCUUUGCCCAGGUCAGAACAAAAUGGGCAGCUUAUUAAUUGUACAGGUUACUGCUUCCCUGCAUUCAUGUAUCGUUCAUUUAACACUGCACACCUCAGGCAGUCCCUCAUCUACUUGGCUGCAUCCUAAAACGUUAUGCAUGUUUGGCCCCGUGUGCUUUUUUCAUUGUCUUCCACCCCUGCCCUACCUCCUUCGCAGACUGAAAGUAGUAGAAUGUGCACAUACGCCUAGCCUGCCCAACAGGUGGUAUACGCUAGAAUGGUCUCCUUUGAGAUAUCCUAAUGAGAGCAUAAGGUUAACUUGAAGUCAUAUAACAGUGGUUUGUAACUGUGUGCUGUUUCGUGUGUGUAUCUUUAGACAAGAAAAUGUCUUGCAGCUAAAUUGGCCUUUGUGUCGGGUAAUGGAAGAAGUAUUUGUACUGCUUUUAUAUGAGUUUUUGCCAUCUCAUCCCUUGUUGAAUUAAUGAAGAAUGACACCUUGGAAGGAGCAUAUGGCAUUUAACAGUCUCUGAGGCAAAUCCAAUUAAAAAGUUGAUGUACUGCUGAUGACCUUGGUAACCUGUAUUGGUACUUUUCUGAACGGGUGCUCGGAUUGUGUGCAUAGGAGUGAGUACCCCAAACGUCUCUUUUUGCAGAUUUAGCUGUUAAUAAACAUUUACUUUGGAAAAGGAAGACGGCUGAUGAUCACUCUAGUUCUCUUCAGUGAACUGGUAGUAAAGAUGCAUGGGCGCUUAGAUGGACAGGAAAAAGAAACAGCUGUAUCAGUCUUCUGCAUUUUGUUUUUCUCUCUUAAGCUUUAUGAACAUUACUACGGAGUUGUGUUGAGUGUUGCUGUUCCUAUUGCGUGUUUUCAUUCAAUUGCUAUGGAAGGUAUAAAUCUUAAUUUCUGCUAGUCUGCUUAAGUUCGUUUACAAGAAUUUUUAUUAAUGAAGUCUACACUGCAAAUUGGGGUUGAUAGGGGAAUCCCAGCUCACUACUUAAACCUUUAUCAGCUAGUCCAGGUUGUGUGUAAAACCUCAAUCACCAUUUAUCUACUGCAUCUUCACUUUCAGUGCUGCUCCUUUCACUAAAUUGCAGCCCCAGAAAAAUUAACGUGUUGUUGCUCUCGGCUAUGGUAACAGAUCACCAGUUUGCUUAUUCAGUUGGUGGUUUUGUUUUCUUUUUUUUUUUUUUUUUGAAAAUGGAAGGUAAAUUGUACUUUCCAGAUUUUGCUUAGAUCCUUGUGUUAGUUUCUAACAACUUCCUAGGAUGAGCUAAAGGCCUUGUGUAAUGCAAAUGUAAUCCUAAGUGUGGGGAAAUCGGAAGUAUAUGUUUGUAGUAAUUCUCUGCUAUACAAACACAUUUAUUUUGUAAACUUCUCUUGUAUUUAAAAAAAAAAAAACAACAUUUGAGAUGAAAGCAAUACUUACAUGAGUAGCUGUGAGUUGGUGUAAAGUAGGGUAAUUUAAAAACAAAAACAACAAACAGUGAGCUUAGCUGCUGAGGACUUUAUCAUCUUUGUAGCACUUCAGUUUUCUAAACUGACUCAAUCUGUCAAUACGUACACGCUCAAUUUAUGUAUCUUUGUUUUAGUUAUGCUUGCUUAAAUAGUGCCCUGUAAUCUUCACAGUUCUCAUCCUGGUUAUGCUUCUAUUUUAUCCUUGAUGAGAGAUUGCUCACUUUAAUUUAGCAUAACCACCUCCCCUCCCCACAGAACAAUUGAGGUUGAAUAUUGUGAAAACAAAGAUAUAAUCCAAGCUCUCAGAUGCUUGCUAUGUUAAAAACAUCUAUUAAAUUGAUCUGAAAUUAUGUGGAAAGAAAUACAGGUAGUUCUUCAGGUAAUUUUGAAUCAUCAAAUGAUUGAUACGGUGAGUAGUUUUCCAUGAUUCAGGUGCUGAGCAAUGUGGAGAUUACUUUAUGACUCUUGAAAACUGAAAAACAGGUCUUGAAAUUCACAGGUAGAAAUGACAGCGAUUUACAUUGCUGUAUUAACUGUUACAUUAUACAAUUCUGAGAAGUUGGCUCCAUACCACCGUAAUUUAGUGUGAGAAUGUUUGCUGUGUAUUUUCAUUUAACUUUCUUUUUUCAAUUUUUAAUGGAUUUUUCUACAAGACACAAUCUUAAUGCAGCAAAAUAAAAAAAAAAAAAGUCAUGUAAAAUUACAUUAAAUUUUCAUAGACUUAGUUUUUUAAUUACUUCCUUUUUCUCCAUUCUCUUAAUAAAGGCCGAUAUCUAAAAGAAUAGCUCCUGCCUUUUAGUGGCACUGAAGUACAAUAAAGACCUUCAUGACUAAUUUGAAACUUUAACCAGAACUUGGAUCAUGAAGGUGUUGGUUUCCACAGCUCUCAGAUGAAAGGCAAAGCCUUUCUUCAAAUUUUAGGGGUAGUAAUUAUCAGAGCAAGAUGUCAGUUUUUUUAAGGGCUUUAAAACUUUAUAUCUGAAAGGUGGUACCUUGUAAACCUGUGGUAUUUGUUAUGUAAGGUACAUCUCUUCCUUAAAAAUAAUUGGUAAUUUAAAUGAUAAUGGCUUUCUGGUGUAAUAUUGCUUAAUUUCAUAAGCCCUCAAAAUUUCAUGGAAUCCCUCAAUAACUAAGAAACCAACUCCUUCUCAACACAUGAAAUACAAAUAAAUUCCUGGCUGUCUUUUUCCCUUUUGUAGAAGUUGAAGGAAAGGUGAUACUUCAUAGUUAUUUUUAAAACACAGAAAGGAAUUUUUAUUUAAAAAUGACUGAAAGUGGACAAAUCUUUUUUCUUUCCGUCUCUUCAAAGUAUCAUAACCUCUCAGGUUUUUAGAAAUUGAAGAAUGUUGUCUUAAAGGCUUUGACAGGUCACAUUUUGCUUAGCUGGAUAGUCUGCAGUUCAGCUGGUAAUUAGCAUGUUUCUUAAUGACUGAAACAAAAUUUUUAACCAAAGUUGUCUCUUUAUGUUCAGCAAUGUCUAUUGACAAAGCGUGCAUGUUACAACCAUGUAACUUAAGUCAACGUGAGCCUUGUAUUCAUUUCCAAAUCACUUUGUGCCUCAGCUAAGAAGUCUCUCAGAAAGCUGUUCCAAUUUGUGUUCUCUUAUUGUAAUUCCUUCACAGCUAGAUUUCUGCAUCUGCAGGUUUUAUAGGCCAAAACUGUUUGUGUCUACUUACCUGUCUAUUUUUCAUUGUUAAAAGGGAAAAUAAUAAUAGAGGAAAAUUACCAUAUGAGGGGUACAUGAGUGGAGACGUGAUUUGUUCUGUUCUCAGCGCAGCUCAUUCUGAGCAAAGCCCAUGCGGUAAGGAUUGGUGAGAUGAUCUUUGAAGAGCUGAUAAGAAGCAGGGUAUAUAAAUUUUAACAUUAAUACAGCAAGUGGCUCUGUAGACCAUGUCUAGCUCAAUGAUGCCAGUGUUGCGCUGUCAUUGGGACUGUGUUUUGGCCUGGCAAAAGUUAGAGCAAGUCACUCUAAUUUUUCCUCUCUGUUCAGCUUCCCAUCUUUAGAAAGAGACUUUGUCACCUUGCAAGGUAUUAGUGAAGCUUGGAUGAUGCCUGUCUGCUGACUGCUUUGAUAUGCUGUAUCAGUGGUGCUAUAGUAUAUUAUUUCUAUGAUUAUUUUGUACUGGUCUACUUACUACCUCUAAAAAGCUGUCAGUUGCUUUAUAAUACUCGGAAGCAAAGCAGAAGACAGAGUGGGAGUAAAAGAAAAGGCUAUUCUACCCAAUAGAUAAAGCAUAAAAAGAGGCUCCUCAUUUUUUUCCCUCUCUUGAAAUUAGACCUGACAAAGAGAGAACCAAAAUCUGAGAAGUGUGUAGUAUAUUGAAUGAUCAGAAAUGAUGAUUAUAUUCCUUCACCUGUUGUAAAGGGCAGCACCUCCACCAGCAGAGCCCUCCUGGCACCUACGUUGGGCUUUGACUCAGGAACUAAAAGGAGGCAUGCCAUCUGUGAGAAAUAAAACUGAACUGGGCACAGCAUGCUGCACCUGCACUAGCCCAACCCUUCAGAACUUGAGAUAUGAUUACAUCAGUUUGUAUGUUUUGCAGGUGAAGUACUUCAUUUGGCUUCAGAACUGAAUUUGACAAUUUCCUUGGUAUACAUCCAAGGAAGGUCAAGUUAUUCCAUCUAAAAUGAAAUGUAUAUCCAAAAAGUGGCUCAAGACAAACAUGUUUCUAACUGUAGGACUGGGCUGGAGGUUAGAGCUUGUAGACUUUUGUGGCGUAGGAAGGAUAAGGCCCACCUUGAAGGCUGUUUCUUUGCUGUGUGAUAAUUCCAGAGUCUUGCCCCGUUUUUUCUUCCUGUAUUGUUUGGACAUAGGCAUAUCUGGCUGUAGUGAGAACUUUUUUAAAUUUACAUUUCUUUAUGUUCCAGGCCAGGAUCUGGGUUAAAUACAGUGUCUUGCACACACACCCCACCUCUGGUGGUCUGACUAUGAUAAUUUUCCAAUAUCUCUCUUAUCUGUCAUGGUAGUGCCUGACAUGACAGUUCAUUCUCUUAUGAAUACUUGGAUACACAACAAUCUUCUGCAACACAUACUUGCAGUUUGAGCCCUUAAAGUAUGGGAAUUCAGGAAUGUUACGUAGGUUUGGUACGAUCCCUUAAGGGGAUUCUUUAUUCAUGCCCUAAAUUGCAAGGUUUCUGGGGCAGGGACUAUCCUUGCAUUAUUUAUUUUAUGGCAUAUAUUGCAUUUCCUCUUUUUUUUUUUUCCUUUUGACCUGGCUGGUGACCGUUCAUUGGUACUUCAGAUGAGAUAAUAUACUGCAGCACAGUGUUUUUAACUACACUAUUGAGUGUUGUAAGUUAAAAAGAAAUGGCAUCCAUGUUGUUCAGUUCAAUAUGCUGAAGUGUCUAAAGGUAUAAGGCAGUUUUCAGCAUGAUUAAGACAAUUUGUUAUAUUUUUAUAUUCCAAUUGUUGAGACUAUUUUAGUGUAAUAAGAGGGCUUACAGAAGCUAGCAGCAUGUGUGUUAACAGGGAUUCUGGUAAAUUACUUCUUGACCUUGAAUUGCAAAUCAGAAUGUAGUAAAUCAGCGGCAUGCACAUACUAUAGCAGAGCAAACUCCCAGGCAUGCAGCUUAAUGUAUGGAGUAAAGCAUUGUUCAUUCUGCUUAGAUUGACGUGUCAUGCAAUAUUAGAGGCCAUUGUCUUUAAUACCUUUGUUAUGGAACAGAUCCAGUUUUGAUUUAUAGCCCAGCAGUAGCAAGGUUCCAUUCUGUUCGGUUUUAGAAGUAUAGUCUGAUACAGAGUAUUUAUCAAGCAGUCUGUUUUCGUAUAAUCUGUGACACCAGUCUUCCAGUGAAAAUGUAAAUGUGCUUCUUGGUGUUAUUUCUAGGUAUGAGGAUUCCCUAUGUAAACCUCCUAAGUCAGAGCAUAACUCAGGAGCUCUCCCCCCUGCCUCCCCCUUGGCAACUGUACAGCCAUAGUCUGAAUCAGCAAAGCUUGCUUAAAGGGACAGUCUCAAGUCAAAACCAUACAUAUAUAUAUGGCUUUUUAUUUUGUUUUUUAAAAAAUGCACUGAAGCAGCUGCACACAUGAAGUCUGCUACAGAAUAUCCCUGUCGGUUUUAAACCUGUUUAUCUGGGUUGUGUUGUUUCUGUUUCCUCCCUCUCUUUUCUAGUUCUGUGAAAGGCAACAAAGACAGACUGCAUAGUUGGAUGAGGAAAGCAAUAGGAGAGAUUGGGCAGAAAUUGCUGUCAAAUAUACAAAGCAUACAUCUAGAAAGAUGUUUCAGCUGUGCUUAAAAUUAUUUGACACUUUGCAGUUUUACAGCACUCAGAGAUCUAAUGGUGGUUCUGGAACCUCUUUUUAGGCAUUAUAUGUACUUGUUAAAAAUGCUGUUUGCCCAAAUGCAUUUGUAACAUCAAUAUUGGAGGAGCCUGGAGUUGAAUACAAUUUUUCAAACAGAGGCAACAACAUAAGCAUUCAGCAAUUCUUCUAAUUGCAGUGGUAAAGAUCAGUCUAAAAAUUGAAGCUGCAUGUAGUAAUAGUUUUCAGUCAAGUGGGACUACAAAACUAUUGGCUCGCUUUUAGGUGUAAGUUUUUACUCUGUGCAACCUAGUAGAAACUGGUGCUGGCUACCAUCAUCAGUGAUUGGUUUUAAUAUAGCCUACAGCAUAGGACCCAGGAUGUUUGCACAGUGAGGCUCUGUAAACCCCUGUUGCAGGUGUGUAAUGCUUUAAUCUGCUUACUGGACAAAUAGAAAAUUAAACCCAUGUCUCCCACUUUUUUGCUUGACAGGAAAUCUGACCAGCUGUAUCAGAUUUUGCCCCCAAGAAAUUGCAUCAGUUUAAAAAAAAAAAAAAGCAUUGUACUUGCAGCUUAAUGUUUAAACUUGGUGUUAAAAUGCAAGAGCAGAAUAAUACAAAUUGAUAAUGCGAAUGGUUUUCUUGGGUGGAUUUCAAAUCCUGUGCUAGUAUCUGGUAGAAGUUUUAUUUUCUUGCAUUGAAAUAUCAUGUUAUUUCCAUCACAAUAAUGCCAGUUUUAGCUAGCUGGCUGCUGCUAGAUUCAGAGAUAGUAAUCAAAAUUGUUUUGGAACGUAACUCUCAGUUAAGUACAGUGAACAUUUUUCUUUUAUGCUUUAUAUUAUGCAGUGACUAAACAUGUUUACUUUGAACUGGGUAUGUGUUCUAGGUGGGUAGCAGUAAAAUAAGUGUGUUUAAGCCAGCAGUAAUUUAAUUUCAGCUCUGUGCAUUUUGUUGAGACGAGAAAAGCUGCUGGCAGUUAGGCCUUGCAGUGCAUUAUGAAGUGACUGCCAGUCACAUUCUCCUAUGGAAUUAAAACAAAUGGGAAAGCAGAGUGAGAAAGGGGGAAAAGAUAUUUACAUAAAAUUAAAUGUCUGUCCUGUGGUUUGCUUUAGUUCAUAAUGCCUGAUUAUGUAAACUUCUUCCCACCACCUUGCUGAACUUGGAGCAAAGCAGGUUUUUUUGUGGUGUAAAAUCUGCUAGCAUAAAAUUUGUUGUAAAUAUACUGCUUCAUCUUCACUGUGCAGCCCAGAAGGAAGGAAAGAAGGUAUGGAAGGGAACAUUCUCUGGAAGUGCAGGUGGCUUUAGUAAUUGAUAAUGUUUUGUCAUGUAGUGGUGUUUUUUUUGUUGUUGUUUUGGUUUUUUUUUGGUAGGGGGAGGGGAUGUAUCUUAAUAUGACUGCCAAAAAAGGGACUGUAUUUAAAAGCUGAGCACAUCUAUCCUGGAGGAUCUUACCCUAAUAUGAUCGGCCGUGUACUUCCCAAUAUGUUACAGGACAAAAAGACUUGAAUAAAAUGGCAUGCCCACUCAGUGUAGUUUUUGCACUGUGCAGUUCAACUAGUAUUAUAACUGAUACAUAAUUAUCUCGGUAAAUAUUCAAGGGGAGAAAUAAUGCUGUGUAAUCCCUCUCUCUUACUGUUGUUGAGGGUUGCAAUUAUAAAAGCACAGAUCAAAAUAUGCUGUGUGGGAGUUGCUGGUCUGCAUUUUGAAACAUGAACAACAAGAAAUGAACUCUCAGACUCUGGAGCACAGGGGCACAUCUCAAAAAGAAUGACUGAGCUGUGGUAGGACUUCUGUGAUCAUAUUGAGAUGUCCCUGGAGACCUUAGAUUAUUGCAUUUUAUCUUAGUGAUUUAAAGAGCUGGCAGCUGGUGGCUUGCUGGCCUGAAAGAAGCAUCCAUCUUCUUCCCCUCUUCUCACCUGCUGCUUGUUUCCUGGUGCCUGCAUCGGCUGCCCAGGUUGCAGGAUGGAUUCUGGGAUUGCCCCUUCAUUUCUGUUUUCUUUGGGUAUGGUGAGAGGUCUUACUUGCUCUUAGUCAGAGUGCAAUUUUUUUUUUGUGAAAAUAAUUUCAUUGGCAGAAGGAGAAUAAAAGCAUCUACACAUAAUUGAGCUGGAUUCUUUGCAAUGCCUUAAGUGAGGUCUUGGAUUGUUACUGCUUUCAUCUGCAGUGAGUGACUUCAUAGAUUAAAAACCUCUCAAAACUGCAGCAGGAUAAUUUUGGUUCCAGAGAAUUACUGUAGAUGACUGAAGAUAGUGUUUGUUUUUCUGGGGAAAAGCAAAAUAUUCUCCUAAGACAUAAGCAAAAUUACCUGCAGGAACUUUAGGAUACCCUGAAAUGUCAGCACUCAAGUUGCAGAUUGUUUUGUAGGCCUGUUACAUUUGCAUACUGAUAAGAGUUUGUGGUAUCUAUUUUGUAUUGCAUAAACACACUGCUGUUUAUUGCUUGGCUCAAAUGGUGUGGUUUUAUCAGAUAAAUAUAACUCAUUCACUGUAUGAACAAGCCUGAAAGAUUUAUUUACAUAAAUAAUUCUUGAGAGUGUACUUAACUAUUAUUCAUCAAUAUACUUUUCAUAAAGAAUAAUUUCUGGCCUCCAAUUUUUUUGGCGUCUCUAUGGAAAAUAGUCUGCCUAUUUCAGGAAUUCAAGACACUGAACUCCGCUCAGCAAACACCAAGAAGUAGUUAAAGAACUAAUUUUUCAACAUAGCUAUAUGCAUGCAGGUCCUGAGUUGAGAACUUUCUUGACUCAUGAGAGCAUGGCUGGGGUCAGAUGUAUGACCGGUAGGUAGUGUAUCACAUGGCACUAGCAGCAGGUUGUGUGUUUGCUUUGUUUAAUAACUUUCUGGCUUAAUUCCAUGAAGCUAACUGCAACUGUUCUUAAUUAAUCCAGAUGCGAUUUUUGAUCGUGGUAUUCUUUUGGCAGAAAUAGAUUAUAUAUUUUUUCACUGGCUCUGAAGUUACUGACAUAUUUGUUUAGCUGCUGCUUUUGUCUGUGCCUGUAGGUCAUAACUGUCCAUUUUUUAUUUCCUUGGGAAUAGACAGCCUUAGGCCUGCAGUCAGUACCAUCCAAAUCAGUAUCGGUGAAGAAAAGAUGCAGAGUUAUCUGGUGACUGAAAAGGCUACUGAUCUUGUGGGGAAAGGACGUCAUCUUCUACAAUGGGAAUUUCUACGGAGUAAUUCCCGAUUUUCGAAAAGUUUUUCUUCUGUAAUCAUGGCAAAACCUUACGAAUUUAACUGGCAGAAGCCAGUUCCCUCUUUCAUGCAAGAUGGAGCUGUGUUUGAUAGAUAUGAAGAGGAAUCUUUUGUCUUUGAAAGCAACUGUCUCUUUCAAGUGGAUGAAUUUGGCUUUUUUUUGAGCUGGAAAAGUGAAGGAAAGGAAGGACAGGUAUUAGAAUGUUCUCUGAUCAACAGUGUUCGUUUUGGAGCUGUACCAAAGGAUCCCAAAUUACUAACUGCACUUGAGGCUGUUGGAAAAGCAGAAAAUGAGUUGGAAGGACGGAUAGUGUGUGUUUGCAGUGGCACAGAUCUGGUGAACAUCAGCUUCACUUUCAUGGUAGCGGAAAACACAGAAAUAGCCAAGCAAUGGGUAGAAGGACUUGGAUCCAUCAUACAUAACUUUAGAGCUAACAAUGUCAGUCCAAUGACAUGUCUCAAGAAACAUUGGAUGAAGCUGGCCUUUCUAACAAAUACAAAUGGGAAAAUUCCAGUUCGGAGCAUUACCAGAACCUUUGCAUCAGGUAAAACAGAAAAAGUGAUCUUUCAGGCACUUAAGGAAUUAGGUCUUCCCAGUGGAAAGAAUGAUGAAAUUGAGCCUGCAGCAUUUACUUAUGACAAAUUUUAUGAGCUCACCCAAAAGAUAUGUCCCCGAACUGACAUAGAGGACCUCUUUAAGAAGAUCAAUGGAGACAAAACUGAUUAUUUAACGGUAGACCAAUUAGUGAGCUUUCUAAAUGAACAUCAACGAGAUCCUCGGCUCAAUGAAAUUUUAUUUCCCUUUUAUGACACAAAAAGAGCAAUGCAGAUAAUUGAGACAUAUGAGCCAGAUGAAGACUUGAAGAGUAAAGGUCUCAUAUCAAGUGAUGGAUUUUGCAGAUACUUGAUGUCAGAUGAAAAUGCACCAGUUUUCUUAGAUCGUUUGGAAUUAUAUCAAGAAAUGGACCAUCCUUUGGCUCACUAUUUUAUCAGUUCCUCUCACAAUACGUAUUUAACGGGCAGGCAGUUUGGUGGCAAGUCUUCGGUGGAGAUGUACAGACAAGUACUUUUGGCUGGAUGCAGAUGUGUUGAGCUGGACUGUUGGGAUGGAAAAGGUGAAGACCAAGAACCAAUAAUAACGCAUGGAAAAGCAAUGUGUACAGAUAUUCUUUUCAAGGAUGUAAUUCAAGCCAUUAAGGAAACAGCGUUUGUUACAUCAGAAUACCCCGUCAUUCUUUCAUUUGAAAAUCACUGCAGCAAAUAUCAGCAGUACAAGAUGUCAAAAUACUGUGAAGAUCUUUUUGGAGAUCUCCUGUUGAAGCAGCCUCUAGAAACACAUCCACUUGAUCCAGGUAAAGCCUUACCUUCUCCUAAUGACCUCAAAAGAAAGAUUCUCAUAAAGAAUAAAAGGUUGAAACCUGAAGUAGAAAAAAAACAGCUUGAUGCUUUGAAAAAGAUGAUGGAGGCUGGAGAAACUGCUGCUCCUGUAAAUAUCCUGGAGGAUGAUAAUGAAGAAGAAAUAGAAAGUGCUGACCAGGAAGAAGAAGCUCAUCCAGAAUACAAAUUUGGAAGUGACCUUACUGUAGAUGAUUAUGGUCAAAAAGAAGCUGUUGCCAUCAGUGUCAAAAAGGGUUUAGUAACUGUCGAAGAUGAACAAGCGUGGAUGGCAUCUUACAAAUAUGUAGGUGCCACAACAAAUAUACAUCCAUAUUUAUCAACAAUGGUCAACUAUGCUCAGCCUGUAAAAUUUCAAGGUUUCGAUGUAGCAGAAGAACGUAAUAUUCAUCAUAACAUGUCUUCUUUCAAUGAAUCAGUUGGACUAGGGUAUUUGAAGACCCAUGCCAUUGAGUUUGUGAAUUAUAAUAAACGACAAAUGAGUCGGAUAUACCCAAAGGGAGGCCGAGUGGAUUCAAGUAAUUACAUGCCUCAAAUUUUCUGGAACGCUGGCUGCCAGAUGGUCUCACUGAACUAUCAGACCCCAGAUUUAGCAAUGCAGUUGAAUCAAGGAAAAUUUGAAUAUAAUGGAUCAUGCGGCUAUCUACUUAAACCAGAUUUCAUGCGGCGACCAGAUCGAACGUUUGACCCUUUCUCUGAAACUCCUGUAGAUGGUGUAAUUGCUGCAACAUGUUCUGUACAGGUAAUAUCUGGUCAGUUUUUAUCAGACAAAAAAAUUGGUACGUAUGUAGAAGUGGAUAUGUAUGGUUUACCCACGGACACAAUACGUAAAGAAUUUCGAACACGCAUGGUGAUGAACAAUGGUCUGAACCCUGUUUACAAUGAAGAAUCAUUUGUAUUUCGAAAGGUUAUUCUUCCUGAUCUGGCUGUCCUGAGAAUAGCAGUGUAUGAUGACAAUAAUAAGUUGAUUGGUCAGAGGAUCCUGCCUCUGGAUGGUCUGCAAGCAGGUUACAGACACAUUUCACUUCGGAAUGAAGGCAACAAACCACUCUCUCUUCCAACGGUUUUCUGCAACAUUGUGCUUAAAACAUAUGUGCCUGAUGGUUUUGGAGAUAUUGUGGAUGCUUUGUCGGAUCCAAAGAAAUUUUUGUCUAUAACAGAAAAAAGAGCGGACCAAAUGAGAGCUAUGGGCAUUGAAACCAGUGAUAUAGCUGAUGUACCAAAUGACAUGUCAAAGAAUGAUAGAAAAGGAAAAGCCAAUAAUGCCAAAGCAAAUGUGACUCCUCAGAGUAGCUCUGAGCUUCGACCAAGUACCACGGCAGGCUUUGGAUCUGGGACUGAUGCUAAGAAAGGUAUAGACCUUAUUGCUCAAGUGAAGAUAGAAGAUUUAAAGCAAAUGAAGGCUUACAUAAAGCAUUUAAAGAAACAGCAGAAAGAGCUGAAUGCCUUAAAGAAGAAGCAUGCAAAGGAGCACAGCGCUAUGCAGAAGUUGCACUGCACACAAAUUGACAAAAUAGUGGCACAAUAUGAUAAAGAAAAGGUAUCAUACGAGAAAAUGUUAGAGAAGGCAAUCAAGAAGAAAGGAGGAAGUAAUUGUGUUGAAUUGAAGAAAGAAACUGAAAUUAAAAUUCAGGCACUAACAUCAGAUCACAAAUCUAAGGUCAAAGAGAUUGUGGCACAACACACUAAAGAGUGGUCUGAGAUGAUCAAUACACACAGUGCUGAAGAGCAAGAAAUCCGUGAUUUACACUUGAACCAACAGUGUGAACUACUGAAGAAACUGCUGAUUAAUGCUCAUGAACAACAAACCCAGCAGCUAAAAUUUUCACAUGACAGGGAAAGCAAGGAGAUGCGUGCCAACCAGGCUAAAAUAUCUAUGGAGAACAGCAAAGCCAUAAGCCAAGACAAAUCUAUCAAAAACAAAGCAGAAAGAGAGAGACGAGUCAGAGAACUGAACAGCAGCAACACAAAAAAGUUCCUCGAAGAGAGAAAAAGGCUUGCAAUGAAGCAGUCAAAGGAAAUGGAUCAGUUGAAAAAAGUUCAACUUGAGCAUUUAGAAGUCUUAGAGAAGCAGAAUGAGCAGCUUUUGAAAUCCUGUCAUGCAGUGUCUCAAACACAAGGCAAAGGAGAUGCAGCAGAUGGUGAAGCUGGAAGCAGAGAUGGAUCGCAGGCCAGCAACAGUGGUCUAAAGCCUCAACAUGUAAAUUGAAGUUGGAGAACACAACAUCUUUAAAAUGAGAGCAAAAUUCAAAAUACUAUUGCUGUGGUUGAAAAGUGGGCUUUUUCCUUGUUUUCUCCCCCUUUUUUUUUUCUUUUUUUUUCUUUUUGAUAUAUAGAAAAUGUAGCUAUGGACCACCAAGUCUUAAGGUUUGCAUUGUUUCUUUUUAACACUGAGCACUGAAUUUCCUUUGUUGGAUUUCCAUAAUAAGAAUUUCUUUGGUUCAGGAAAACACUAAUCAGAAGAUGAAGACAGUUUUUAAAUCCAGUCCUGUAUUCCUUUCUGUAUCUCCACAGGCAGACUGCCUGUAUCAAUUACACAAUCAGAGCCUUGAAACACAACAGAUAUUUUUAACAUUAUCUCAAAUGGCAACAAAACCAUAGUCAAGUCAUGUUACCUACCAUUUGUGUUCUCAUGUGUGAUGUAUUGUGUAGAAAGCCCAUGCCGCCAAACCACAA